AGCGCCCGCGCGCGGUCCCUUAGGCCCCUGGGAUCUGUGGACAGUUUCAGGCCCUGGCACCUUGGCUUCUGCUUGUCGAGCGCGCCCAGGUCGGGCUGGGCACGGGGGUCCUGGUCCCCGAAGGUCGCGGAGGCGCUGCCGCGUGCUCUGGCCUCUGUGGAUGCUGCCUUUCCUGUGAAAUAAACCAAGGAGGACUGAGCAGUUCUUGAAUCUCUAAACCAUGGCCUGUGUGUCAGUGAUGUUCAGUGAUGUAUCCAUAGCUUUCUCUCAGGAAGAGUGGGAGUAUCUAGAUUUGGAGCAGAGGAAUUUGUACAAAGAUGUGAUGUUGGAGAACUACCGCAAUGUGGUCUCACUAGGAUGCUUCAUUUCUAAACCAGACAUAAUUUCCUUAUUGGAGCAGGGAAAGGAGCCCUGGAAAGUUGUACGGAAAGGAAGAAGACGAAAUCCAGAUUUGGAAACUAAGAAGGAGACCAAUCACCUAGCCUCGGAAAAUGGCAUUUAUGAAAUUAAUUUAUGCCAGUGGAAGGUAAUGGAAAGAAUUGAGAGCAGUGGCCUUAGGGGCCUCAUUUUAAAAAAUGAGUGGGAGUCAAAAAGAAAACACAAAGGACAAGAGGAACCUCAAGAGGGAUAUUUCAGCAGAGUGAGCAUUGCACCUGAAAGAGUGUCCACCUACCAGAAGCUCACAUCUGCUACUCCACAUCAGAGAGUCCAUUUUGUGGAGAAGCCCUACAAGUGUAAUGAAUGUGGGAAGGCGUUUAGAGUACGCCAGCAGCUUACUUUUCAUCACAGAAUUCAUACUGGUGAGAAGCCCUAUGAAUGUAAGGAAUGUGGGAUGGCCUUUAGGCAGACUGCACACCUUACUAGACAUCAGAGACUUCAUUCUGGUGAAAAACUCUAUGAGUGUAAGGAAUGUGGGGAAGCUUUCAUAUAUGGCCCAGACCUUAGAGCACAUCAAAAAGUUCAUAUUGGUGAGAAGCCCUAUGCUUGUAAAGAAUGCGGAAAGGCCUUCCGCGUACGAGGACAACUUACUCUCCAUCAGAGGAUUCAUACCGGUGAGAAACCCUAUGUAUGUAAAGAAUGUGGGAAGGCUUUUAGACAGUAUGCACACCUUACUCGACAUCAGAAGCUUAAUAUUGCUGACAGACUCUAUGAGUGUAAAGAGUGUGGGAAAGACUUUUUGUGUGGCUCUGGCCUUAGAGUUCAUCACAAACUUCAUACUGGUGAGAAGCCCUAUGAAUGUACAGACUGUGGGAAGGCCUUUAGAGUUCGACAACAGCUAACGCUCCAUCAGAGAAUUCAUACGGGUGAGAAGCCCUAUGAGUGUAAUGAAUGUGGGAAGACUUUUAGUCGGGGCUAUCAUCUUAUUCUUCAUCAUAGAAUACAUACUGGUGAGAAGCCUUAUGAAUGCAAGGAAUGCUGGAAGGCCUUCAGUCGGUACUCACAACUUAUUUCACAUCAGAGUAUUCAUAUUGGUGUUAAACCAUAUGACUGUAAAGAAUGUGGGAAGGCCUUCAGACUACUCUCACAACUGACACAGCACCAAAGUAUUCAUGUUGGCGAGAAGCCCUACACGUGUAAGGAGUGUGGGAAGUCCUUUAGAUUGCGUCAGAAACUUACUCUACACCAGAGCAUUCAUACUGGUGAGAAACCCUUUGAGUGUAAGGAAUGUAGGAAGGCCUUUCGACUUAAUUCUUCUCUUAUUCAACAUCUGAGAAUUCAUUCUGGUGAGAAGCCCUAUGAAUGUAAGGAAUGUAAGAAAGCCUUUAGACAGCACUCACAUCUUACCCAUCAUCUGAAAAUUCAUAGUUAUCAGAAAGUUCAUAAUGGAGAAAAAUUUUAUGAAUGUAAAGAAUGUAGGAAGACCUUUAUCCGCCGCUCCACACUUAGUCAGCACCUGAGGAUCCACACUGGUGAGAAACCUUAUAAAUGUAAGGAAUGUGGGCAAGCCUUCAGACAGCGGGCUCACCUUAUUCGACACCACAAACUUCAUACUGGUGAGAAACCCUAUGAGUGCAAGGAGUGUGGGAAGGCCUUUACAGUGCUCCAGGAACUCACUCAGCAUCAGAGACUUCAUACGGGUGAAAAACCUUACGAAUGCAAGGAAUGUGGGAAGGCUUUCCGAGUACACCAGCAGCUGGCCCGCCACCAGAGAAUCCAUACCGGGGAGAAACCUUAUGAAUGCAAGGACUGUGGGAAGACCUUUAGACAGUGUACACACCUCACUCGACACCAAAGACUUCAUACUUCUGAGAAGCUCUAUGAAUGUAAAGAGUGUGGGAAAGCCUUCGUGUGUGGCCCAGACCUUAGAGUACACCAGAAAAUCCAUUUUGGCGAGAAACCCUAUGCAUGUAAAGAAUGUGGAAAGGCCUUCAGAAUAUGCCAACAGCUUACUGUCCAUCAGAGCAUUCACACUGGGGAGAAGCCCUACGAAUGUAAGGAAUGUGGCAAGACUUUUAGACUCAGGCAACAGCUUGUUCGCCAUCAGAGAAUUCAUACCCGUGAGAAGCCCUAUGAGUGUGUGGAAUGCUGGAAGACCUUUAGUAGCUAUUCCCAACUGAUUUCCCACCAGAGCAUCCAUAUUGGUGAGAGACCCUAUGAAUGUGAAGACUGUGGGAAAGCCUUCAGGCUGCUCUCUCAGCUUACUCAGCAUCAGAGUAUCCACACUGGUGAGAAGCCUUAUGAAUGUAAGGAAUGUAGGAAACCUUUUAGACUGCUCUCCCAACUCACCCAGCAUCAGAGCAUUCACACUGGUGAGAAGCCUUAUGAAUGCAAAGAAUGUGGGAAGGCCUUCAGACUUUAUUCAUUUCUUACUCAACACCAGAGGAUUCACACUGGUGAGAAGCCCUACAAAUGUAAGGAGUGUAAGAAGGCCUUUAGACAGCACUCCCACCUCACUCAACACCAGAAGAUUCAUAAUGGAACUUAAUACGAGCUAACAUUCAGAUGUAUGUUGUAUUGGAAAAAUCGGGAAAUCCGUUUUUUUAGAAUAAUUUAUUUCAUGCUUUAACUAAGCAUAAGAGAUUUUAUACUAGAGAAAGACUUAGGUUGUUUUAAAGCCCUCUAUCCUGAUUUACAUGUUUACUUUCAAAGUCCUAUGAGAGGGUAACGUAAUGACGGGAAGAGAGUUCAGUCUCGCCUAUCUUUACCUGCAUCCCUUUCUGCUGUGAUACUGGACUGGAUGCUAAAACUUUGUGCUUCGUUUUACUCACUUGUAAAAUGUUAACAGUAGUUAUCUAUGUUAGUUAUUUAUUGCUCUGUAACAAAUUAACAGAAAAACAGUAGUUUAAAUAGUAUACACUUAUUAUCUCAAAAUUCCUGUGGAUCAAGAGUCCAGGCCUGACUCAGCUGGGUCUGUGGGGUUUCAUCCAUGUCUCGGUUCUCAUGUAAAGGCUUAACUAGGGAAGGCUCCACAUCACAGCUAACUGGGGAGAUGCCUGAAUUGUUCCUUUGAGGACUUUGCAUUGAAAUCCUCAGUUUCUGGCUGGCUGGUGACCGAAGGCUGGCUGUAGUUCAUGGCUGCACUGGCCACCCCAAUGUGGCUGCUCCCUCACUCAAGUCCUGCCAGCCAAGGUGGCUACUAAGCACGGUGGGAGUCUACUCGCAAGACAAGUUACAAUCCUGUGUAAUCUAAUUGCAAAAGUAACAUCCCAUCAUUUUGCUACCUUCUACUGUUUAAAAGUAAGUUCUCAGACCAGCCUACACUCAAGAGGAUUAUGUGAAACUGAGCGUCAGGAGACAGGGACCAGCAGGGACCAAUUUAGAGUCAGCCUGCCAUGCUGCGUGAUGGAAUUGUUGGAAGAAGAAGUAGCAAACCCUUGAGUUCGCAGUCAUGUAGCGUGUAUUCUGUAAAUAAUGUCUAGGGUUGUUAGCAUUAAUAUUGCACAUUCUUCAGGAAGGUCCAGUAGAAGUAAUAAAUGUAGAAAUGCCUCCAGUUCCGUCUCGGCACUUACCAAACCUGGAGGGAAUUUAUUCUAGGUAAAGCCUGGGAGAUGAGAGUCAAUGUAAGAUGUUUGUCACUUGAGCUGCACCAGAAACUUGGUGAUGAGAAGAAAUUAUGGAUUUCACGAAUGUAGGCUGUUAAAAAUAUAACUUAAAGAAUCAGAGGGGAAAUGACUUCCUCACAAUUUAAAAAGAGCAAAUUGUUUAGAAUCUCUUCUCUGACCAAGUUCAAGAUUAAUCACAGUCUCAGAGAUUGCAUAAAAGAACUAGUCAUUUGAGGAUUUUGAUGUAUACACAUAUAUAAACCUUAUGUAUAAAAGAAAACAUUUCGUUGCACUCAGUAUAACCAUUUGAUGCCCAAAUUGACCUUCAGCCAGUGUUUCAGGUUGGGUCUUUCCAUAUGGCUCCACCAGGACUUUGAUAAUUUUCUUGGUUUAUGGCUGCACAGUUUGCUUGCUCACCAGUUUGUCAUUUUAAAAUUUAUUUGUGUGUGUGUGUGUGUGUGUGCCACAGCAUAUGAACAGGUCAGAGGAUACCUUGUAAUAGCUGGUUCUCUCCUUCCAUCAUGUGACUCCUGGGCAUUGAACUCCGGUCCUAUCAACCUUGACAGCAGCCCACUAUACCCCAACUUACUCUUUAAAAUUAAAAAAAAAUUAUUUUAUGUGUAUAACUGUAUUGUCUGCAUGUAUGUAAGUGCACCCAUGUUGUACAAUGCCCUCAGACGUCAGAAGAGGGCCUUGGAUCCCCUGGAACUGGAGUAAGACAAUUGGUAGCCAUCAUCUGGGUGCUGGGAAUCGAGCCUAGGUCUUCUGCAAGAGCAGCCAGUGCUCUUAACCGCUGAGCCAUCUCCAGCCCCUCAACGUAUCACUCUUAAAUUGGGCAAAUAAGAGAACAGAUGAACAUCUAUUUUCCUCUUUUCUAUUUUUCUUUUUUCCAUGGCAACAAAUGUUAAUCAAAUUCAAGU